AUGGUCUUACUUUACUUUCUUAUUUUCUUAACUACAGCCCUUUCUAAUGAUAUUGAAAUGAGUGAGUCUCCAGUCUGUAUGACCGACUUUCUUGCAUUCAAUUACAACUCAGAGACAUUAGAUAUUCCCAAGACUGAGUGUUAUUCAAACAUCCCAAAUUACACGCACAAUGUCAAAGGAUUUAACAUUCAAUCUGUUUGUUACAUUGAUGAAUCACGUUUGUUUAUUCGAAAGAAUGGGCAUCUUAUCUCACGGUGUGGCACUUUAAUGGCGAUAGUUGGACCGACUCAGAAAGUCAUUCAAUGUGUAGUAGCAGGGACUAUGACUGUAAACACGGACACUAUAGCAGUAGAUAGAUAUGGGCUAAGAAACAAUGGGACGAUCAUAGGUAUCAACAAGAACUUAUUUCUACAAUUGACAGGAGGUCUUUCCUUUCAAAAUGAUGAUUACGUCCAAGCUACAGUCUCUGAGACCGAUUUUGAUUUGGGAAUCAAUCCAUCCUUUUGGGUCAUUUAUCGAAAUACAACACACGUCACCUUACAAUUUGCAGACUUUAAUAGAGCCGUGGAGAUGAUUGAAGUCAACUCUAAACAGAUACGAAAGGGAUUGGACGACACUUUUGUUGUCGAAUAUGACACUCAAAAUGUCGAUAUCAAACUUGGCUCAGUUCUUAAUGAAAAAGUCAAUUUCAAUAGUGUUAAUUUGUCGAAUGUAAGUCGUGGAAUAGCAUCUGCUCGAUUUGAGAAUAAAAAGAAGACAACUUGCUACUUUCUAGCUAACACUGAGGCAUUCACUGAAAACACUCUGACUAAAACAGAAAUCUUCAUGUGGACAUUUUGGAAGAGAAUAGGGCUGGGCGCUUUCCAGUAUAUUGGAUAUCAAAACGUGACUGUCAGAUUCGACACUGCUACACCUGCUGCAGCUAUAUUCAUGGUCUACAAAACAGCUAUGAUGUUUUCACAAGACUUCUAUGAGUUACAAGUAGACAUCGAGUCUGACGAAAAUUUCACUAUCAAUCGAGUCGUUUUACUGUUGACCAAUAGAGAUAAAAACAAUAGGAUGACUGGUAGUUCGAUCAUUGAUAUGACCAACUAUUGGGUGUACAAGAACGGUAAUAUGACAUAUUUGAGACUCCCUUUUAACUUGUCGAGUUACGAAUAUUCAAAUUCGAUUGGAAUUCAAUGCAACAUGACAAAACCAACUACUCUUGUCUUAAAAAGAGCGCAAUUUAUUCGGUCUAAAAAACUCGAGAAGAGCAUCGACUGCGAUGUCAACUCAUUUGACUGUGCAAACACCGAGUGUACCAUUUCUGGUGAUAAUUUGGGCAUUGAUAACAAACUGUGGAAAGAUGGGUGUCAGCCUUCUUGUGGAACAUGUCGAGAUGGUUUUGUGUGUACUUCAGAAGGAAAAUGUCAAAUAGAGACUCUCAAUAAUUUAAGGAGCUCUUCAGAAAUAUUACCAAUAGUAAUACUUCUUAUAAUUGUACUAUUGUUUAUGUACUAG